UGAGAUCUUAGCUUUGGUUUAGAGGGGAGAAGGAUGAUCAUGCGGUACAGUGAUCUAAAGGCGUUCAUAGCGCUCGCCGUGGCUUUAAAUUUGGGGUAUUCUUCAGCAAGGGGACAGCCCUAGAGGCUUUAAGUCGUUUAGUUUCAGGGGUUCCAGCAGAGAAGAGCAAGGCAACACUCGCGUCACCAGAACUAGAAGUCCUGCAUUACGAUACGGCAGGCAUGUCGACAGCAGUCUCGACUUCUUCGGACCUUGGCGAUGUCGAGUUGUCACACCCGUCCUACUCAUUGCCUACCUAAGACUUAAGUAUUGUAGAGCUAGGUUGGCACGCAUGAUUGACCUUAACACAAUGAAUUUCGUUCUCUCGGUACCUGUUGGCCUUCAAAGCCAAAUAUUUAUGAGUGAGGUCUAGGAAUUGAUUUCUUUCUUGGAUCCACGUGUAUAGGGUUUGGGAUGUAAGAGCUAGACCGCCAUACGAGCAAAAGUGGAUCGUUGUCAAGUUGGAGAACUUGGCCUCCUUAACCUCAUCACCUUAUUACUAGGUAAUAAACAAUACUAUAAUAAUCACAGCUACUUUAUAUACUAAGUCUUGCUGCGAAACGGCGCGAUGGCUGGGUUUGCAGACUUGCCUCCAGAGAUCCGAGCUAUAAUCUGGGAGUUCUGCCUCCCAGGGCCACGCACCGUUGUGGUAAAAAGACUCCGCCACACACGCGCUCCCGUCGUUUUCCACAUCUGCAGAGAAUCGCGCGAAGAGGCCCAACGUCACUCAUACGAAUUAGCUUUCUCAGUGCCGUAUGACGGUGGCUUAUGGAUGACAUGGCACCGUCUCGACUUUAACGGUCGACCUGUGAUCUGGUUCAACUUCUUGUUAGACCGGCUCUGCCUUGAAAGCAUCGUCAUCAAUCCUGACGAGUGCUACAAAAGUUUCCGCCGCGUACGAUCGCUUGGCCUUACAUUCCCGCUAAAGUCUUCCUGGAGCCCGUUCUGGGAUAUUAGGUACCUAGGCCAAGCGUGGUUUUUAGGCCAAACAUGGCUAAACCUGUUUCCACGGCUCGAAGAGAUUGCGGUAUUUAGGGCUGUAGCAAGAGGUUUGGAAAACGACUUAGAAUCUGAAUUUUUUGAUAUGGAGAUUUGCAAGAAUCUUAGGGCAGCGUACUGGGCGCAUCCGUCCAAUGAGAUCUCCGCUGGCGCCGCGAUAUUAGCAUCCAAGAUCUGGUACCGUUCCUACGAUGGCCGUUUCGGUGACCUUACAACGCUAACCCGUGGGUACCUUGGGAUUUAUGUGUAUCGUCGCGACAUAGAAAAUACCACUUGAAACACGUGGAAUAGAAGGUAUGGGUUGAGGAUGAGUUGAGGAUGAGUUCAGGGGUACCCUCAUGAUCAUUAAUGCCUAUAAUGAAGUUAUCUUAGCAAGCUCACAUUAAAAUUCGUUCAA